AAGACCCAAGGCAGCCACUGGGGUGGAAGGAGGGUCUAUUUGUCUCUUAGCUCUCUCUCAUCUUUGUUCAAAAGCCUCCACAGGCUGAACUGGACUCUCCUCAGGCUUGGGUGCUAUGGCAACAGUCACAUGACCCCACAAACAGCUCUGCUGGGGCUGUCCUGCUACGCCUUGUCCUCUCUGAAGGGAAGCUGGAGUUUGCGAUCUGAGAUGCACAGAGUACCCCAGCUGACCACCCCGUGGGCUAAUAGGGACCUGCAGAGAGCCUGGGAGAAAACCUACCAGGACCACAGGAAAAAGGUCCAGAAUGCCCAACCACUAGUGGAUACCCACCCACCACAGGCUUACAACCAUCUCCACUUGAAGUUCAAGAAGUUGAAGAUGGAAGAAGAGAGACUCUCCGUCAUUGACAGAAACAACUACCUGCUUCUGCAGAGGGUGGCCUCCGCCAUGAAAACCAGGGGACAGACCGAUGGCCAAAAUAACUUCACGCAGAGAAGUCUAAACAGGAAGAGGAGAGAACCGGCAUUUACGAAAGUGCAGAAACAAAAUCAAGUCAUCCCAGAGAGACUCAGAAGCUCAGAGCCCGGGUACAGACCACAGAGACGGCGGGAGGACGGGGCUGCCGUGGCCAGACAGCCCUGCAAGCGCAGACACGCCCGGAGAAAAGGAGCUGACAGUGACACCCGGCAAGGCCACAGCCUCAUCUGGAUGCGCAGCCUGAAGCAGAAGGGGUAAAGGGAUUCAGAACCAACCACAGCAAGAAGA